CUGAUAAAUAAUGCGAAACUAACUUUUUAACGAAGGCGCGGGGAAUUUAAAACAAGAAGGCAGUAUCAACACCAUCUACUCUAUGCUUUCACGGUUUACGCUACACUUCCAAGCUUUCAUUCACUCAGUUCAGAAAAGCAGAAGAGGCUCUUUCACAUCAUGGCAGGGCAUUACGACUUAGAUGACAAUGUUGUCCCCGACCUCCAGUGCUAUGAGAUGCUUCCCGCAGAUGCGGAGCUUCAAAUAGCACAAGCUUUCGCUGGGAAUGAACCGACUGGGGCUUUCAAGCCGAAGUCUCCCGUGCAUCAUGCAUCAUUGUCCGCCCUGCCAGUGGCGCUUCACGGUCCAUCAGGGUGCCUUGAUGAAAACUUACUACAGGUACCAUAUCUUGCAUCUGAUGGCCUUGUGGGCAGCAGUUCUGAGCCAGAUGGUUUGGAAGGUGCAGUGUUCGAUUCUCCACCAGACAUACAAACUGUUCCUUCUCUGCAAGACACACCCAGAGGCACAGCAAUCAGUGCAUCCUCCCAUUCGAUGGCCCGGUUCGAUCAUCAGUCCGUUUCGUCAUCGGAUGAUUCUACCAGCCGGUGCGUGACAGCCACCUCCACCGCAGUCAGUCACUCGCCUUACGAAGUGCCUGACAUGUAUGCAAACCUACUAGGUCUACUCAUGCAGCACCGAGAACAGCAUGUGAAAUGGAGCCCACCGGCUAGGUUCGAUGAUCGUAACUGUGGCCGGAGUGACUUGCAGUUCGACGGUCGGUGUGAUUGCGAUGUACACCUUGUACCGAGAUGGGAUAUAGAAGAAUAAACCCUCUUAG